CCCCGACUUGAAAUCAAAGAGUGGGGCUAACAACGCGGGACACUUCCGUCCCCUGGUCCUGCCACGCCACCACCACGAGGGGUAACCCGGCUGUAGGCACUGUUCUUCCUCCUCCUCCUCCCAGCAGGCCAGGGCAGCUCCUGGCUCCUGGGCCUCCCCGGCCCAGGCCACCGCCCCAGCAUCGGGGCUGUUCUGCCUUCGGGGCGGGGAGGCCCGCGGGAGGCUGCAUCCAGGCAAGUCCCUCCCGCCGCCUGGCGUGGCUCGAAGGCGGAGGCCUGGCAGGGGCCGCCCCCGCCGCGCUCUCAACUCCAGACUUCGGCAUUUCCUCCCUCCCCGCUAGCUGGCGCGGCCUUCCUCGCCUCCCCCUCGGAAGAGGAAACUUAGGGGGCUUCGGGUAACGGGAUCCACCGCGCGAGGAGGGGAGCAGCCGGAGAGCCGGGAGGGCCGCCCCGGGAAGGAAGAGGAGGCGAGCCGAGCCGGGGCUAAAAGCUGGCCGAGGACAGCGCGCCGGAGAGGGCCGCCGAGUGGGACGCGGCACGCCCUGAGCGCAGGGCGCGGCCAGGAGCCGGCGAGUGCAGGGCGGGCCGCAGCUGGAAGGAAAACUUGAGCUGGGAGAGGAGGAGGAGGCCGAGCUGGAGGAGGGCGUCUUCCCCCGGCCCUGCGAGGGGGGAGUCGCCGCUGCGGAGACCAAGGAGACGGGGACAGCCGGGCCGCCCGGGCGUUGCGCGCAUGCUGGGCCGGGGGCGCUGCCGGGGCUGGCGGCCUGGGCUGCUGGGCCACCCCGGCCCCGGACGCCCAGGAUGUCAGUUCACUACACCCUGAAUCUGCGCGUCUUCUGGCCUCUGGUGACCGGCCUGUGCACGGCUCUCGUGUGCCUCUACCAUGUCCUUCGUGGUAGCGGGGAAGCCCCGGCCGAGCCCCCAGACGGUGCAGCCAGCGGUUUCCCGCUGCUCAAGGCCAUCGUGCUGCUGCUGCUGGGCUACGUCCUCCUGCGCUGUCGCCACGCUGUCCGGCAGCGCUUCCUGCCCGGGGCCUCGCGCGUUGGGGGCCACUCCACCUUCUCCCCGAGGCCCUUCGAAGAGCCGGGCCUCGGGGUCUUGCUGGGGAGUUACUACGAGCACGAGGUGCGCCUGUCACCGCACGUGCUGGGCCACAGUAAGGCCCACGUGAGCCGGAUUGUGGGCGAGCUGGUGCAGGCUGGCCGUGUCCAGGGGUCUCCAGGCACCAUCCCCAGAGGAGCCCUGGCCUUAGCCUUCCGCGGAGACUUCAUCCAAGUGGGCAGCGCCUACGAGCAGCAUAAAAUCCGCCGGCCAGACAGCUUCGACGUGCUGGUGCCGCUGCGCCUGCCCCCGCUCGUGGCUCUGGAGCCCCGGAGCCUGGGUCAGGAGCCCGAGCUCGCCCCGGCUUUCCGCAGCUGCUUCGUGUGCGCCCUCAAGGCUCCACCGUCGCCGUCAGGGACCUCCGGGAACCAGUGGCUUCGGGACUGCAAACCCUUCGCAGAUGGCUUCUGCGUGGACGUGCGUGGGCGGCGUCACCUCUCUGCCACGCUGGUGCUGCGCUGGUUCCAGGCACACCUGCAGCGCUCGCUGGCCACGGUGCGCUACAGUCUGGAGGGGCGCUGUCGGGUGAGCCUGACCCCCGGCGGCCUGGAACAUCCGCCCACCUUGCACAUCCUACCCUGCCGCACCGACUACGGCUGCUGUCGCCUCUCCAUGGCCGUGCGUCUCAUCCCCGCCGUCCAUCUUGGAGACGGCGUCUUCCUUGUGGUGCCACCACCAUCCCCCUCGCCCGGCGGGCCCCUGGCAGAGCUCCCCGGAGGCCUGCGCGCGGAGGCUCUGUGGGGUGUGAACACAGCACGCCAGGAGCAGAAGCUGCUGAGCUGGCUGCAGGAACGGGCUCCUCCAGGGGCCUGCUACCUCAAGUGCCUGCAGUUGCUGAAGGCUGUGCGAGACCUGGGCGCCCGCGGGCUGGACCCCAUGGCUGCCGCUCAGUGGAGACGCAUCCUGUCCUCCUAUGUGCUGAAGACGGUGCUGCUGGCAGCGCUGCUGCGCGACAGUGGUCCUGUAAAAGACUGGGACGAUGCGCACCUAGGAGAGUGCUUGGAGCAGUUGAUUGAGUUCCUGAGAGGCUGCCUGCUGCGACGCCACACGCUGUUCCACUGCGUCCUGGGCCCUGGAGGCACGGCCGCCGAGGUGGGCCCCUUGCCAAAGGUGCUGCGCGAAGCCGCCCCUGUGGACCUCCUGGCAGCCUUCGACAGUCACACCCGGGAGCUGACCGCAGCACGCUUGCUGUCCACGUGGCGAAGGUUGCCCCAGCUUCUCCGGGCCUACGGGGGUCCCCGCUACCUUGCCAGGUGCCCUCCACCCCGGAGUCAGCGUACCCUGGGGUUCCCGGAAGGUGAACCCUAAACCCUGAGGGCACCUCCUCCCACCCGCAAACCGGGCUCCCAGUGGGUGGGAGGUCAGUUAAAUCCUAAUAAGCUGCAGAAAGUGUGGGGUAUUUGGGGGGAGGAUGCUUCAAGCUUUGGUGGCUUAAGUGUCUCUCCGUGGCUUCACCGUUUAGUAGAGUUAGGCCAUCUUCACGCCCACUGCAGUGUCCAGAACCAGCUAGGGAAAUAACGGCAGUGCAGUCACUAAUUUGGCCCAGAUGUUGGUGUGUGGGGGGAGGUCUGGGUAGAAGAUCCCGCUUGUAGGGAAGUAGAGAGAGGAAACUGGCUGCAGGCACCUGUCCCCUGUCGGGUUUCAGGCACAGAUUGUUCUGCCCCAUCCCCCCUCAAUCCAGUGUUUCUGACAUAAUUCCUUGCUAGGUACUGCGCUCCUGAAUGUUUUUGUUGUUGCUGUUUUCAUUUUUGUUUUCCUAAAGUGAUUCUUCAGCCCCAGCUGGCCUGGAAGUUCUUCUCCAGCACUUCAUGUUCUGAGGCAUAUAAUUUCCACUCUCUGCAUUCAUAUUCAUGUCUUUUUUUUUUAAUGAUGCAAUCUUGGGCACCUGGCCGGACUGUGGACCAUUAUGUCACGUGUGUUGUAUGACCCCAGGGGACUCAGUGGCCAUGCUGACACAACUGGUAGCACUUUAUUCCAGUCAGCGCUCUCCCGUGGUGGUCAUUGCUGGCGCCCGGAGUGUUGCCUAUGUAAGACAGGCCAGCUCCAUUUCCUGCUGGUUUACCCCCACCUCCAGGCCACCAGCUAACAGGUACUGCCGUCGGUCCACACCCGUUCACUGAGCAUGCACCGUGUGAGCCAGCCAGCUGCUGUACAAAGUGACACACUGUGGAGACAGCGCCGCCAAAGGCAUGCAGCGUGCUGGAGAAAGACGGGUAUCAGUCUUCGAUUGUAAAGAUGUUCUCUUCAGAGCUGCUUCUGGCUGGAAGCAGAAGCCUUUGGUUUGGUUUGGUUUCAGCAGACCUCUUGGCUGAGUAGGUUCUCCCUGGCUUUAAGAAGCAGUACAGGCAGUGUGGGUUGCCCUGCCUAGCAGGUGGGCACUGCUCUCUGUCAAUGCGCACUGCUGUGUAGGGGGACAGAGGGUCUCCUCCCCCGCCCCAAGCCUUACACCAUCUCCCCCGCAGAUGCUAAGGGUGAGGAGCUAGCCCACAUCGAGCAAAACAUCUCAGUGUGAGAGGCUCCAGGCUGGCUGGCCAGUGAACUCCCUGAUGGGCCAGCAGAGGAAGUGAAUAUGGCUAAGGGCCAGGAGACCGCCCUGGAUGCUCGCCAGCUGUCUUUGGGCGGGAAUGUCCCCAAGCUCAGUGUGCCUUGCGACUAGGAGGAGCCCUGUGGGAAGACUGUCCGGAUUUCAGACAGCUCAUUUCUUAGCUCAAGUUCAGAAGGGCCGGUCUUCGCCCUUUCUAAGCAUUAUACUUUGGGAUUCUUUUUCUGUUUUGUUUUGUUUUUCUCUAAAACAAGACAUGUACUUCCUUUGCCUCUUAAAGGUAAAAUUUGGAAGACAAACAUGGUUAGAUGAACAGGCCCAUCAUUUAAUUUCCAAGCUGUUUUUUUUCCUGGGGGGUGGGGCAGACGACUUUAACCUUUUUUCCUUGAGGAGGCUCUAUUUGGUACCUGUGGGAAAUCAUUGUGAAGAAGUCAUUGAUAAGGCAUCCCUCUCAUCAGGGCUGCCUGGAUGCCUGUGCCCCUUCUGGCCUAGGACCAACAAACACCUGCGAAUGUUGUGCUGGCUCUUAGGGGUUGUUUUGGGGAGUGGUUCCCCCUGCCACCACAAAGGUCAUGCCUAGCUUUAGAGGCCACUGUUGAGUUUUAAGGUACCGCAUGAAGUAAAGCAAUCAGUCUGCCGACUUCUUGCAAAGAUCUAAACUGCACAGGUUUUUUUUUAAGCUUACUUUUUAAAAUGAGUGCCAAAGUAUAUCGUAUAUGUAUGUGU